GCAGCUCCGUGGUGGCAGUGGGACCCCCCAGGCAUCCCUCAGCAGUUAACGCCUUCACCGUCCUUUGGGAAGCAAGAGCUUGGAGUGCCAUCUCUGAGUUUAGACCUCCAACCUCAGCAUCCUGAUCUGGUGCCGCCUUCGGGAGGAUGAAUCAGGACAGUGACUCAAGUGAUCAGCCCACAGGCCAGGACCCACUCCUGUUGCUGAAAACCCUUCAGCUUCUCUGGACAAAGCAAGAGCUGAGGAAGCAGCUCAAGGAAGAAAUCAGGCGGGGCUUUGCCGGACUGGAGGACCCUUUGGCAGGACUCCUGGCCAUGCUGGAGAACAGCAGUGAUUGGAAGGGGAAAGGGCAUUCCCUGGGGUAUUACAUCACCACAGAGCUGCAGCUUUGGAUAAAAGAGCAUCCUGCUGUUCCACAGUCUGGCAUCCAGCUGAAGAAGCUGCAGGCCCGUGUGCUCAGAAUCCUCUCCCAGUGCCCAGCUAAUCUGCUUGACCCCCUGAUCAGCAUUUACCAGCUCCACACAGCAGACCGGAACUAUUUGCUUGAACAUGUCAGUCAUCUUUAUCUCAAGGGCGAUUACAAAGAGGCAGCCAUACUGAGUAUUAAGCUGAAAUUACAGCCAGAUCAAGAUGUGGAGAAGAUGUGCAUCCCACUGCUGCUCCAGGAUAAAGCCAAUGUGGUGGAAGAUUAUGUGGGAGAAUAUCCUGAGCUCCAGAGCAAGCUCCUGCAGAUCCUGGACUCGUGGUGUGAACCUGGUGUCAACAUCAGAGACAUCACAAGACCAUAUCAAGGCUUGUCCAGAUACAAACCAGAAAAAUUUAACCACAGAACACUCAGCAAGCUGGUCUUCAGGCUCCUGGACAGAUUCCACGUAGAUCCAGCCCUCUGCCCUAAUGUCGUAAAUCAGCGGCACUUGAGAACCCUGAACUACCUCUUUUACAAGAGAUUUGUUGAGAAAACCAUGACUGAGGAGAACUGGGCAGAUCACGUUCAGAGCACAGCUGGGGACAGUCGCUGUCUCCAGGGGCACCUGGUGCAGCUGCUGCUCCGGCACUGCCCCGGGCGCGCGGCGCGGUGGGCGCGGCACUGGGGGCUGCCCAUGGACGUGCUGCCUCCCGGCCUGGCUGAGGAGCUGCCAGAGCUUCACACCCAACAGAGGGUAGAAGAGGCCACAAAAGCAGAUAAUUAUGAAGACUGUAAGAAGAAGGACUGUUACCAGCUUCCUAUUUCACGGGAAAAUAUUCACUUCCUACAGACAUGGGAAGAGACACUGCAGUGCUGGGAGAAGGUGCUGCAGCCUGGGCAGGUGGUUGGCGUUGACAUGGAGUGGAAGCCUUCCUUUGGCAUGGUGGGGAAGCCCCGUGUUGCCCUCCUCCAGAUGGCAGUGAAGGAUGAGGUGUUCCUGUUGGACCUGCCACGGCUCCUCGAGCAAGCUGAGCUGGAAGGGGAGAAGGAGAAGGAGAAGCUCCCCCGAUUCAUCCAGAUGCUCUAUUCAGAUGCUGCCAUCACUAAACUAGGUUAUGGGAUGUCUGGAGACCUCAGCAGCCUUGCAGCCACUUGUUCUGCUCUGAAAGACAUAGAGAAGCAACUGCAUGGUGUGGUGGAUCUACUCACAGUGGACAAACAACUGCAGAAGGGCUGCAGUGAGUGGAGGAAGGACGGCCGGAAGGUUGAUGGACUGUCCCCGGAGCACAGCCACGAGGAGAGAGGGGUCAGGCAGCAGGAGAAGGGACUCAGCCUCCUGGUGCACCAUGUGCUGGGGAAACCUCUGGAUAAAACGGAGCAGCUGUCAAACUGGGAGAAACGGCCUCUCCGGGAGGAGCAGAUCCUCUAUGCAGCCUCCGACGCGUACUGUUUGCUGGAGAUCUACGAGAGGCUCUGCAGGGACCCAGAGAGCUUUGGGCUGAGCUCAGACCUGAUGGAGAGUCUAGUGGGAAAACGGAGCAUAAAACCCAGGGCAAAGAAGCAGCUGAAUAAACAAGAAGCACUGUCACCUUCUGGACAGCAAUGCCAAGGAUCCCAGAUGGAGACCUCCCGUGCCCCUGCCCCUGUGUCCCCCAGGGAGUUCAGCGUGGUCUGUGACAACAUGCUGCAGGGCCUCGGGCGCUACCUGCGCUGCCUGGGUGUGGAUGUCCGGAUGCUGGACAACGAGGAUGACCACAGGAAAGCUGCUGAGAUUGCCCGACAGGAAGGCAGAGUCAUUUUAACCUCUGGACUCCCAUAUCAGACUCUGCAGUCCCAGGUGGGAGAAGGAAGGUGUUUCUCUGUGAACUGCUCAGAAAAGGCAAAAGAACAGGCCCUGCAGGUUCUGAAGCACUUCAACGUCCAGGUGUCCCUGAGUGAUAUCUUCAGCCGCUGCCAGGCGUGCAACUGCGACAAGUAUCUGAAGGUGCCCCGGGAGAGGAUGAGGCAGCUGGUGGAGGGCAGCAGGCAGGCGUCGCAGGAGCCUAGUGCAGGUAAGCUGGGAGUGAUGGUCUGA